AGCUACCAAGUGUACUCUCGAUCUCCUCCCCGGCCCUCUCUCAGAGAGAGCAUCUAGCUAGCUUAGCUUAGCGGAGCAACAAUGGCGUUGCUGCCGGCCCUGGCGCUGCUGGUCCUGGCAAUGGCGGCGUCCACCUCCGACGCGCAGCCUUCUCCCGGCUUCUACCCGAGCUCGAGGUUCAGGCCGGUGGCGUUCAACCGCCCGUACAGCAACAAGUGGGGCCCGCAGCACCAGACGCUCUCCGGCGACCACUCCGCCCUCACCAUCUGGCUCGACAGGACCUCAGGGAGUGGGUUCAAGUCGAAGCAUGCAUACCGGAAUGGCUACUUCUCCACCCGCAUUAAGCUCCCCGCCGGCUACACCGCCGGCACCAACACGGCCUUCUACCUGUCAAACAACGAGGCGCACCCGGGCUUCCACGACGAGAUCGACAUGGAGUUCCUGGGCACCAUCCCGGGGGAGCCCUACACGCUGCAGACCAACGUGUACGUGCGCGGCAGCGGCGACGGCCGGAUCGUGGGCCGGGAGAUGCGGUUCCACCUCUGGUUCGACCCCACGGCGGGCUUCCACACCUACGCCAUCCUCUGGAACCCGGACGCCAUCACCUUCUUCGUCGACGACGUGCCCGUGCGCCGCUACGAGCGCAAGACGGAGCUCACCUUCCCGGACCGCCCCAUGUGGGUCUACGGCUCCAUCUGGGACGCCUCCGACUGGGCCACCGACGACGGCAGGCACCGCGCCGACUACCGCUACCAGCCUUUCGUGGCGCACUUCGACCGCUUCGUCGUCGCCGGCUGCGGGGCGACGGCGCCGUCCUCGUGCCGUCCGGUGAAGGCGUCCCCCGCCGGCGCGGGGCUCACGAGGCAGCAAUACACAGCGAUGCGGUGGGCGCAGCAGCGCCACAUGGUCUACUACUACUGCCAGGACUUCCGGCGGGACCGCUCGCUCACGCCCGAGUGCUAGCUACCUCGCUCAUCACUCAUCAGUGCCGGGCCGCCCGUGAAUGGUGGUUGCUGUCGUCUAUGCACCGCAUCAUACUUCAUACGAGUGUGUGUGGCUGCCCUACCGCUGCUGCCUGCUGCUUGUCUAGCUAGGCCGGUGGUUGAGGCGUGUUGCUCCUUGGCAUAUUGCCAAAAAGGCUCUCGUGUCUUUCCAUCUCUUGAGUUUUCCUUGUGUUUUCUCUAGCCACUUUUCGUUUCACAUGCAUAUUGCCCCAAAGGGGCAAAUUAAGGAGCAUGAUUCAUGCAUGCCCAUUGUAAUACAAGAUUGUUCUCUAAUACUCAUAUGUACUA